AUGUCACAGUGCCUACUAGCAUUUGCACCUACCAAUUCCGGGAAAUUAGCGGGAUAUUAUUUGUACUACCUAAGCCCUAUUGGAUUCAUUUGCAUCUUGUCCCAGGUGUCUUCGUCGGUGGCUGGCCACACCAAAAAGAUUACAGUUAAUGCUAUUUUCUUGAUUGGAUACUGUGUUGGGAACUUGAUUGGACCACAGACUUUUAUCGACAAUCAGGCACCAGAUUAUGCCGGGGCUAAAAUAGCAAUUGUAAUUUGUGGAAGUAUUUCACUUGUAUGUUUGAUUGCUAUAUACAUCUCUUAUUACUGGGAGAAUAAGAGACGUGAUUCGUUGCCACAUGUUGAUAUGAGUCAUAUUGAAAAUUAUGAGUUUGCCGACUUGACAGACAAGGAGAAUCCUAAUUUUAGAUAUGCUCUUUAA